AUGGCCGCCCCCGCAACCGAUCUCUCUGGAGGGCCGGUCCUUCUCUCCUUCUCCCUGGCCACGUCCAGCUUCGCCUUCUCCACCACGUUUGUCCGUUUCUGCGUCCGCUCGGGCAUCAACAAGCACAUCGGCUAUGACGAUUACGUGAGCGCCGCUGCCACGGUGGUGGCAUUGAUAGGGACGAUAUUCGGCAUAAUCGAAGGUACCACACAGGAUGGAGCGCGCGCCGUCGAGUUCGAUGUCCUGGGGCAGCCGUGGUACCUCAUGAGCGUCACGUUAAGCAAGAUCUCUAUCUGCCUGCUCUUCAUCAGUCUCCUCGGAAAGGCCCGCCAGUGGAGGAUAUUGCUGGGCGUCCUCAUCUUUCUCCUCGCCGCCGUCAACCUCAGCUUCUCCCUGACGGUCAACCUCCAGUGCCGUCCGCUGGAGAAGCUGUGGAACCCGUCUGCGCUCGGCGAAUGCUGGAACCCCAGCGUGCAACUCAACUUUGGGUUCUUCCAAGGAGCAUUUUCCGUCUUUACUUGGUUCUUCCUCGCCCUGUUCCCCGUCCUUAUUGUGCGGGAUCUCAGGAUCGACGGCGACAUGAAGUGGCCGUUCUACGUAUCCUUCACUCUCAGCCUCAUGUCUGGCAUUUUCGCCACUGUCAAGACCGCCGAGAGCGCUCAGCUCAGCGGCGUGACCGUUUACACGUCCCACAACUUUAUCGCCAGCCUAAUGGCUAACCUCGAGCAAAACCUCGGCCUCAUGGCCGCCAACGUCCUAACUCUCGGACCGCUCUUCUCCGCGCACGCACGCCACCUCCCCGGGAGCAGCAGCAGCAACGACCCCAGCCGCGCCGGGAGCACACGGUCCCUCUCGCGGGCCAGCUCGUACCGCACGGCGUCGCGCGGCACCGGCUCGAAGCGCUCGUCCAUCAUCGACCUCAAGCGCACGACGCACCUGAUCAUCGAGGGCCCGCGGCUCGACAAGGGGGCCAGCAGCGACGACGAGUACGACCUCGGCGACGGCCGCCGUGGCAGCAUCGACGAGCUCGACGUCGAGGCCUGGCCGCGCGGCAUCAUCAAGACGGUCAGCGUUGAGGUCUUUGAGGAGCCCAACCCCGACCACGUGCCCGCCGGCCCCGGCCCGCAACGUCCACCCACAGCUGCUGCCCGGUCAGGCGUCGCCAGCGCCGACCGCGUUAGCGACGCGAGCGGCAUCGAGCAGGACUGGGAGGCCAUGCUCCGUAACGGCCCGCCGGGGCGGUGA